UGAGGAUUCAGUAGAAAGAGUAGCUGGGCUCUGCUUACUGCGUUGCUUUGAACUACAUGCUGCAAUUAUUUCAGAUUUCAAAAUUCCUUGUAAUUUUUAUUGAAGGCUGCUUACUGAAAGGAAAUGGAUUGGACUGGAGUAAUUUUAACUUUAUUACUAUUUAUUCUUGCAAUUAUGUUCCUUUUGAAAAGGGGCAGUUCCAGGAAUAAGAGCUCCCCCAAUCUCCCCCCAGGACCCAGGACUAUACCCAUUUUGGGAAAUCUGCACAUGAUGGAUCUGAAGAGGCCUCACAAAACAAUGAUAGAGUGGUCAAAAGAAUAUGGUCCCAUUUUCCGCAUCAAACUGGGAUUCCAGGAGAUGGUGGUGCUGACUGGCUAUGAAACGGUCAAAGAUGCACUAGUGAACCAGGCUGAUGCAUUUGCAGAUAGGCCUUUUAUUCCCAUUUUUGAAGAUGUAACAAAAGGGUUUGGUAUUGUUUUUGCUCGUGGUGAUCACUGGAAAGUGAUGCGACGGUUUACAUUAUCCACAUUACGGGAUUAUGGAAUGGGCAAGAGGACCAUUGAGGACAAAAUCACAGAAGAGUGCAAUGUCUUAACAAAGACAAUGGAGACUUAUGCAGCAAAACCUUUUGACGUCACAAGAAUUCUCUCUGCUGCUGUUGCCAACAUCAUAGUUUCUAUUCUACUUGGGAAACGCUAUGAAUAUGAAGAUGCCACAUUUUUACAACUACUGAAGAUAAUUAGGGAAAAUAGUCAGCUUGUGGGAAGCCCUGCUGUGUUGCUAUAUAAUUUGUUUCCCAAGUUGGGGUUCCUUUUGGGUGCUCGUAAAACAAUAAUGAAGAAUCUAAAGGAGCUCCAUGAUUUCAUACGGACCACCUUCAUAGAAUAUCUCCAAGAUCUUGAUGACAAUGACCAGAGGAAUUUUAUUGAAUCAUUUCUUGUUCGGCAAAAACAGGAAAAUAUGAAGACGACACAUGAUGGAUAUUUUCAUAACGGAAAUCUUAUAGGUCUCGUAAGUGAUUUAUUUGGUGCUGGAGUAGACACAACAUCAAACACUUUGCGCUGGGCCAUACUCCUAAUGAUGAAGUACCCAGAAAUUCAGAGUAAGAUCCAAGCAGAAAUUGCAAGAGAGAUUGGUGAUAUUCAACCAAGGACUGACCACCGAGUCAAAAUGCCUUACACCGAUGCUGUAGUUCAUGAAUUGCAACGAUUUGCUAAUAUUGUUCCCUCCAAUGUGCCACAUGCAACCUCCAUGGAUAUAACUUUCAAAGGCUUCUUUAUCCCCAAGGGCACACACAUCAUUCCCUUGCUGACUUCUGUGCUCUUUGAUGAAUCUCAGUGGGAGAAACCACAUAAAUUCUACCCUGAACAUUUUCUUGACUCUGAAGGAAAAUUUGUGAAGAGGGAUGCAUUCAUGCCAUUUUCUGCUGGUCGGAGAGUAUGUGCAGGUGAGAACCUGGCCAAAAUGGAGCUCUUCCUCUUCUUUACCAGCCUCUUGCAGAAAUUUACCUUCCAGCCACCCCCAGGAACAUCUAAAGAUGAUCUGGACCUGACCCCUGGUGUUGGAUUUAUCUCUACUCCUCUGCCAUACAAGACUUGUGCUGUGUUACGCUGAUCUGACACAAAUAACUAUAACAAGUUAUUUUCUCAGUCUUGAAUUGCCUUCAUUUUGAGAGGCACAAUUUAACAAAGAAUCCAGUAUUGUCUAAGUUUCAUUUGUUAUUUAGAAGAUGAAUGGUAAUAACCUAUAAAUUCAUGAAAUGUAGAUUCUGAUAGGAAAGAAUAUAAUCAGGAAAUUCUGAUCAAAAUAUUAACUUUGGUAAGAAAUAAGAUUCAGCAACAUUCAAGAACUUCCUUUUUCUUGGAAAGGAGCUAUAAUUGCUAUCUAACAGGAGGAAUGUCUCAACUUGUCCAAAACCAUAUUGACCCAUCUCAUUACAUAAUAUAGAUAAUAAAGUCUUUACCACAAAAACACUAAAUAUGCUUCUAAAUAGAUAGGUACUGACUGAUGAGACUGGAUUUGUUCCUAAGAUGUACAUGAACUAUAACAAUUGAUGCACUGGGGGAUUGAGGGCAAGAGUUCAGGAUGAUGGGUAUUUUAAGGGGAGAGGGAACACAGUGACAUCAUGGUGAUAACAAGCAUGGGAAGAUAUAAUCAGACACAGCAGCUAAUCACUCUUGGAGAAGGCUGUCCUAGUGUUUGGUAUCAUUGUCGCAUUCCAGCCCCUUCUGCUUCCCCCAAGGCUUUGCAUCAUAGCUUUCAUGGUCCCAUGUUUUCUUGCUGAUUCCCAAUGCAGUUUAAUGUGUAAUAAGACUGACUGGCAUGCGUUAUUGGCUGGGGGUCUAUGUUGUGGGAAGGGAGCACUCAUAGACAUGUGAACCACAUGGGUAGGUCAUCAGUUCAUAUUCCAGGGCAGGAUGUGGUCUGUAACUAUUGCCAUGCUAGAGCCCCAGAGGCAGGGGUGAAAUUUGACUGACUUGGACCAGCUCAGGAGAGCCGAUAGGCACGAUUUGUACCCAUUUGCCAAACCGGUAAAAAUCACCCCUGGUUGGCCACGUCCACAUCAAGCCUCAGAGAGUUAUCCAGAGCUGGCAGCAAAGUUCUCUCAGUCAUCAUCCUCCCUCUCACAGACACAGGACCUUCACACACACACACACAGCCCUCCCUUCACUUUCUAGCUCCAUUCUCUGCUGCAAGUUCAGGACAAGAAAAGUAGUCUUUGGGACUACAGUAAAAAAAAAAAAUACUGGUAGUUUAGACUUUCCAAACUUCUCAUGAAAAAAAAAAUCUCACAAUGUUGGAAGGUGUUUUUACCAUAGUCCCAAAGAUUACUUUUCUUGCCCUGCAUAUGAUGGUGGAGAAUGGAGCUGGAAAGUAAGUGAAGGGUGAAGUAGUGAAGGGA